AUGACUAAUACCAGUGAUAGGAUGGAUUUAGCUCUUCUUCUUCAAACAGGGCACAGUAGCUCCACUUUAGCUGAGGGCAGCAAGCUUUUAGAGACAGUGAAAGCCUAUGUCAACUUUGGAGCUUUCAUUGUCACCAGUCUCUUCACCUACCUUAUCAUAGUGACAGUGUGGGACUCCCCAGAGCUGCGUCAGAACCCUCGUUACACCCUGUUAUCUCAACACUGUAUCUGUGUAACUGGCUUUAAUGUUACUGGUGCUGCAGUGCACGGUUUGCGCAGCCUCCAUUGGCCAAUCUCUCGAAUUAUCUGCUGGAUCCUCUUUGACCUGCAUGUAGUAAUGGCUCGUGGUUUGAUGAUCACCCUCACGCUAAUGUCUGUGAGCACCUGUCUGUCUAUUUGCAUGCCACUGCGUUACCCAGUGCUGGUUCAGAGCUUCCACCGCUGGGUCAUGCUGGUGGCUUGUGUCCUUGCCCUGUUGAACCCUGUGGUGUUCACUGUCCUAGCCUGUAUGCGUUUCCCGUGGGAAUACGUGAUUGGGCUGGACACAGAGUGCUCCACAGCUUUGGAAGGCAUGGCUUGCAUCAUUAGUGCUUUAGUAGUGCUGUCAUUGCUGGUUCUGCUCAUCAUCAUAAGCUAUGUUGCAAUUUACCUGGAGGGCAGACGCGCUGGCCAUUUCACAUGCUCCAAUACUAAGGGCCGACGCACCAUUCUCAUCCACAGCCUGCAAAUGAGCUUUCAUAUUCUGCCCUCUGCCAUCAUCAUCACCCGGCAUCAGGAGCCAAUAGCUGUGGCAAUAGCUAUUUAUAUUGUCUUCAGCUUUGCACAGUCACUGAGUCCCGUGGUGUUUGGCUUGCGCUGCAAAGAGCUUUACAAGGAGAUGCCACGUUUCCUGCCAUGCAUCCAGGGAAACUGUGGGAGCUGUGGCCAAAUAAGGAGCAUGGAUGACACCAGCACAGGGACAUUAACCAGUGUAGUGACUGGAGCCAGUAUAGAGACAAAUGCAUCUACCUGUCUGGCCACCAGCACCUUAUCUGCCAUUAUCACAGAGCGAGAACUUGAGGAGGGGGGAUUCAGUGAUUCGAAUUUCAGUAAGCUCAGACCAAUUUCAGCAGUAAAUCUUUUGACUUAA